AUGAAGACGAUGUUUCGGAGUAGCGCAGGAACUAAAGGCUACAUCACGAAGGAAGAGGUAAUGCAGCACACUCUAGCGACACUGGAGGCGUACCCUGCGCUGGAUGCCGAAGAACUAAUGGAGCAUGCGCGCAAGACUUGGAUCGAAGAUCUCAACUGUGGCAUGGACCCGCCAGCAGGGUAUCGCCUCACAGAAGAUCAGUUCGUCCAGAACAUGUGGGUUAUGGUUAACCAGCCGUCGUUCAAAGAGCGUACGAGCAAGAUGACAGAAAAGGUCAUGCAGCAACUGGAUAAGGCCAAGAAGGGUUAUGUUACCAAGGACGAGUACCUGCGGAUGACGAGGAAGCUUGUGAGUGAGGAGCAUUUGAAGCGAAUAUUUGAUGCAUUGGACGAGACUAAACAAGGGAAAGUCACACGUGAAAGCAUGGAAAAGAUGUAUAUUCACUACUUCACCGAUACCGAAGACGAAGAACAUCCUUUCAACCUGAUCAGGGGACCAUUGGUGGAUUAG